UCUCCAAUCUUUAUUUUGGCUUGAAAUCUCUGAUUAUAUACAAUCACUGUAUUGAGGAAUACUAAUAUAGAUCCAUAAAUAAUGUGAUGAUUAUUAAAUUUGUGUUUGAAAAGGCUUAAUUAUAAAAUGAACACAUAUUAGGUUCAAUGAUUGAAUGAUAUAAAUUGUAUAUUACCUCAUAAUUAUUAAAUUAAGUUUUGUAAGUAUUAAAGAACUAAAACCGUAAAGUUUUGGAAAUAUAGAAUGAACAAAACCGAUGAAAAUGUAUGUGAAAAAAUUUUAAUUUCUCGUUAGAGACAUGAGACUGAUAAUAAAAAAUAAAAAAGAAUGCAUACUUAAAAAAUAAAGACUACUAAUAUAUUUUACAAAAUAUGUUCUGAAUUAAUUUUGGCAGAUAUGUGCCAUUAAAUAGAUAUUUAUUACGCAAUUGUAUUUUUUUGAAGUUUUUAAAGUUUAAUUUAAUGUUUUAUUUGAAGAUAUGAAUUUAAUACGAAAAUGUAAUGCAGAAAAAUAUAUGUUGCUGUAUAAUCUAAUAGAGUCACAAAUAUUUUAAUUUAAUGUACGAUGAAAUUUAUUAAAACUAUUUCUUAAUAUUUUUUAUUUUGAGAAAUUUUAUUCAUUUUAAAUUUAUGUAAAAUUGAUUUAUUGAAAUCAUAAUUACAUUAUUUGAAUAGUUUAAUAAAUGUGUCAAUUAUCAUCAAAUUUGUAAUGCUGUAAAUAUAUAUUAUAUGUCAUUUUCUAUUGCAUAUAGAUUGCUGUAACAUUUAUUGUAUCAAAAAUAAAAGAUGUAUUAUAAAUAUGUCCAUUGCUUUUGAUAGUUGCGACUUUUUUGUUUAUCCUACAGUUUAUUAAACAUUUUUUGUCAUAUUAAAUAUUGAAGGAUUCCUAUGUUAAUAAUUGCACAUGGGAAGCGGAACAACCAAUGGAACAACUGCCAAUAUGAAAAUGUUACUUGGAUUAUAAAUAUUACAAUAAAUACUUACUACAAGUUUCUAAAAGAAAUGAAAAACCGGCAGAGACGUGUGUAAAAAAUGCACUGUCUGUAGAUGAAUAUAUGGAUUCUAUAUUGGUUUCAACUUUCGUUAAAGAAGAAAAUAUAAAACAGAAAGAUCGCAGUGUGCAAUACGAAACUGUAAGUUUGAAAUAUAAAUCUUCCCAAAACUCAUUAAUGCAAAAAGAACCUGAAGAAACCACAAACAGAGGAAUUAUUUGUCAGAAUUAUUCAAGUAUGAAAAAACAAUCUACCAGUCAAACAUUUUACAAGUGUAGUAUAUGCACGAAGCUUUUCAGAUCAAAGAAUUUAUUUGAAGGUCAUUUAGUGGCCCAUAGCGAUGCUCGACCCUAUCAAUGCGACGUCUGCAACAAGUCUUUCAAGAGAACCAAUACUUUAGCAGUACAUAAACGAAUACAUACUCAUGAGAAGAACUUCGUUUGUGAUGUGUGCGGUCGCGCAUUUGUGCAAGCUUCUCAGCUGGCCACUCAUCACAGGCGUCAUUUCGAGAAAUACACGAAACAUUGUGAGAUUUGCAACAAGGGUUUCUUUACGAAUGCCGAACUUCACGGGCACAUGAACGUGAAGCAUGGCGCCAAGGAGCACGUGUGUACCGUCUGCAGCAAGUCUUUCCCCAACAAUCACACCUUGGUGCGCCACUUGAAGAUUCAUGAUCCAAAUUUUAAACCAGUGAAGCAUCAGUGUGAAUUCUGUGGCAAGACAUUUGCUUACAAGAACUCAUUGGUGGUCCAUGUCAAAUCACAUACUGGUGAGAACAAAUACGAUUGUCACCUGUGCAACAAAUCUGUCUCGUCUAAGGGAUCUCUUCAGGAUCAUUUGCGUCUUCACGGCGGGGAGAAGUCACUGGUCUGCGAUGUUUGCGGCAAGGCUUUUCACAAGAGAACAACGUUGGUUGUGCAUAAGAGGACUCACACCGGCGAGAAGCCGUAUUCAUGCGAUACCUGCGGAAAAUCUUUUACGCAACAUUCGACUCUCGUAAUACAUAAACGAUAUCACACCGGCCAAAGACCGUAUCAGUGUAGUUAUUGCAACAAAUCAUUUGUAUCUAGGGGAUUACUUAACGCACAUAAUAAAACACAUGUAGUUAACGUAAUAGAGAUACAGCCCGUAUAAUCAUAUUUGGAUGUUUAUUUCUAUUAUACUGUGUCAAUUGCAUCUCCCGUGUUCAAGAUAUUGUGUAACGAUAUUUAUACCAGACUUAUGUGGAUCUCACCAAGUGUGGAUCAAUAAGAUGAGCUAUUCCUGAGGUGUGGAUGUGCAGUAACCCAAAAAUAAUGGAGAGUUAAUAGUCAAUCACAUUUGGUUUGUGUGAUGAAAAUCCACAUGGCUGACAGCGCGCGGUUCGCGCUUUGGACCGAAUGUGAUUAGUCUUCAUUUCGCGUACCUUUUAUGCGCAAUAGCUCACCUUAUGUCGCUCCACUUAGAACUGUAUUCUAAAAUUUAGUUAAUACUGAAAGUACUGACAGUAUAUUGGAACGCAGCCUACGUAUGGAUUCAAGCUGCGAAACAAGACGAAACAGUAUUAAUAGUCUGAACGCUGUCAUUUUAUAUUUUGGCGAUGUUCAUCUGAAUUACGAUUAAAUAUAUUGACUUUAUACUUUUUGUGGAAAUUUAAUGUUUGUGAUGACUGAUACAUUUUCUUUAGUGUAUUUAUAAUUUAAUUUUUAAAACUUGAACUAAAACAUUAAUUUUUUAUUUUUACUUUUUUAAUUGAAAUACUAUUUACAAUAUAUUAAAUAAAUAACUUGAAUUUUAUCAAAUGUACUAUAAUCAUUUUCUCUGCAAUUCUAAUGAAAUGAAGUUUCUUCUGAAUGAAGUUACCGCUUUUUAUUUUUGACAGACGGCAUAAAUAAAGUGGAAUAUUAAGAAAUUAAUGUUUAUGUAAAAAUAAACAAUUGUACAGCAAAUAUCAAUAGAAAAACAAACAGAAAUAUCGGAAAAGAUACGUGUAAUCAUUUAUUUUAUACAGGAUUACAGUAAGAGUAAUUGAUUUUUUUAAUAUGAAUAUAUUGUUGUAUUAUGUAUUAUUAUAAUACAAUAUAAUUAUUAUAAUACAUUAUGAAUAAAAAUGCUACUCUCACAGAAUUAUGUG